UACCGCCUCGCUUUCUCUCUCUCUCCCCUUCUCUCUCGUAUACCUGUUCGACUCUGUAGUUCCCUCUUUCUUUCUCUACCUCACCCAAUACUCCCCUCUUCUCUCUCUCGCCCGUCACCUGGCGACUCUCGCUUUGUCUCUCUCCCUCUCCCACUACGCCCGUAUCUCCCUCUCUCCUUCUCUCGCCCCGCGCUGUUACGACCGGCGGCCAUGCUGAAUCUCCCGCUCGCCUUCAGUGUUGAAGCAACUUCGUCGAAGGAAGGAACGCCGCGUGACUCAAGAAAAAUAAUGACGACGGCGCACUGCGGCGCCGCGGCGCUGCUACUUAUCGUCUGCCUGGCCGGCGCUACUCCGUAUUCCAAGUAUGGGAGGUCCUGCAAGGACAUUGGCUGUCUCAGCAACGAGGUUUGCAUAAUGGCGGAGGACCCCUGCACAUUGUACUCUCAGAACCAGUGCGGACGUUAUCCUACCUGCAAGAAGAUGUCCCAAGCCGGAGCGCUCAGCUGCACGACGAUGAUCUGUCCCAGCGGGCAGUACUGCAAGACUGAGGACGGAAAGCCGACUUGCGUAAACCAAGUACCCAAUUCAGUCUACGACCUGUUCGCAGAGUACGUCGACGUCGAGAACAGGAUCCUCCGCAAACGGCAGAGCGAGCCGGAGGGAAUCGUGGUCACAGGGACUUUGGAGACGUCGAAGAAGUCCGAUUAUCCUGCGGGAUCGGGGUACCCAUCCAGCGGAAGCUCGUCUUCUGGAUACCCCAAGUCGUCAGGGUAUCCUGCUGGUGGGAGCUCGUCUUCUGGCUACCCCAAGUCGUCAGGGUAUCCUGCGGGAUCGGGAUACCCCAGUAGCUCGCGCUCCUCGUCUGGAUAUCCUGGAAGUGGAUCUUCUGGCUAUCCUGGCUAUCCCUCGACGGAGGCCAGCGCGAAGAAGGCUUCGGCCAGCUCUGUGAACUCUGGGUACCCUGGCUCUGGGUCAUCGGGUUAUCCUGGUUCUGGAUCGUCGGGCUAUCCUGGUUCUGGAUCAUCGGGCUAUCCUGGGUCGAAGUCAUCUGGCUAUCCUGGUUCUGGAUCGUCAGGCUAUCCCAGUUCAGGAUCAUCGGGCUAUCCAGGAUAUCCCAGUAACGAGCCUGCCAUGAGUCGAAGCAGCGCAUCGAGGACCAAUGCUGGGUAUCCGAGUCAGGGACAACCUGCUCCCGGUAAUUAUCCAAACCAAUAUGGAUACCAGGGAUACCAGAAUCCUGGAUAUGGUCAGUACCCAGGGAACUAUCCUCCACCUCCUCAAGGUGGAUAUCCUCCUGCCGGUGGGUACUACAAUCCCAAUUACCCCGGGUAUCAGAACCCGAAUGUCCCUCCGCCCACCAAGAAGCCCAGUAUCAGCGACCAGCUGACCAGCUUCGCCAGGAACCUUGCCCAGCAGGUCAUUACGCAAACUGUCCUGGACAGGGUAACGGGUAAGUCCAAGAACUAGUCCUCGGGAUAACGCCAUGUCGUAUAGAUUCAUUGUCGUACCUUAGAGGUGAAAAUAAAAAUCCUUGAAUGCGCUGGGAGGAAUCCGGAGACCGAUGCAGGAUGUCAAAUCUCCUCUCCCAAUUAGCCAAUGAAUUAUUAUAGAACAAUUAUUAUAUCCAUAAAACAUUUGUUUAGUUGGUAUAUGUCCACGGAUCCGUUUCCUUUA